CUUGAUAAUGCCUCGCUUUGAUGAUCGCUAUGGAAACACUCGCCUCUAUGUUGGCCGCUUGUCAUCUCGAACUCGUACCAGAGACCUUGAGCGUCUUUUUAGCAGAUACGGAAGGUUUCUGGGGGUUUGCCUAACCUGGAGAUGUUUGAUGAGUGGGUGGACUUGGUGGGAAUUCUCGCCAGGUGUAUAGAGAGUGCAUCGGCGAUUUUGUUUGUAGAUUCUUUUUUGCAUGUUUAUAGGGGAAAUGGCCUUGAAUCUCAAAAAUGGUGUUUGGAAGUACCUUUAAGUAAUGAUGGCCUUGAUUUUCUGGCAACAAUUUCCACAGAUUGCGAGAUGUUGAUAUGAAGCGCGAUUAUGCCUUUGUUGAAUUUAGCGAUCCUCGUGAUGCUGAUGACGCAAGAUAUUACUUAGAUGGACGAGACUUUGAUGGAAGUCGCAUCACUGUGGAGGCUUCGAGAGGGGCACCUCGUGGUUCUCGGGACAAUGGUAGUAGAGGUCCACCUCCUGGUUCUGGUCGCUGCUUUAACUGUGGUGUUGAUGGUCAUUGGGCUCGAGACUGCACAGCAGGAGACUGGAAGAACAAAUGUUACCGCUGUGGUGAAAGAGGACACAUUGAGAGAAACUGCAAAAACAGUCCUAGUCCAAAGAAGGGCAGGCAGGGUGGAAGCUACUCCAGGUCACCAGUUAAAUCCCGCUCCCCUCGCCGCAGAAGAAGCCCAAGCCGUAGCCGUAGUUACAGUCGAGGUCGUAGCUACAGUCGAUCACGAUCGCCAGUGAGAAGAGAGAGAAGCGUGGAGGAUAGAUCACGCAGUCCUAAGGCAAUGGAGCGAUCCGUAUCUCCCAAAGGCAAAGACCAAAGCAUGAGUCCAGACCGAAGAGUGAUAGAUGCAAGCCCAAAACGUGAAAGGCAAGACGGGUCAGACUAUGAAGGUAGCCCAAAAGAGAAUGGUAAUGGCAAGAACUCUGUGAGCCCCAUUAUGGGAGGUGAAGAAAGUCCUGUUGGACUUGAUGGUCAAGACAGGAGUCCCAUUGAUGAUGAGUCUGAGGUUAACCGUUCUUCCCCGAAAGGCAGCGAGUCACCUUGAUGGAUCAUUGCUCUCAACAGCUUAAAGCUCAGUGUAGCCUUGUGUGCCAAUUGAUGUUGUUACUUCCCCUUUCUUUCUCCUAAAUAUUUUCAGGCUCGUUGCGUGACAAUGCUUGACUUGCUUUCUUUGUUGACUCGUUGGUUUGUCUUUAGACAGCUUUUAAACUGUGUUAUCUUUACAAAUUUGUUUUAGCAAGACGCGUCCUCGUUUGUAGACUCUUGUAAGAAUAAAGCUUCGACUAUUGGUGCUUUGUUUCUA